GAGGCCAUGAAUGAUCCAAUUUUUGAAACAUUCAUGUCUUUUUACAAAAAUCUAGGUGGGGCACAGAGCAUCAUCCAUAUUUGUGCAUCAGAAUGCGACUUUCAAAAGUGGAAAGACUUCAUUCAAAACAGAUGUGAAGUUGAUAUAACCAGACAAAGUAUAUAUGCACUGGAAAUAAGUGAAAUAAAUGGUUCCAUACUGAAACUUGGACUGCACAGACAUGCACCAGGAAGACUUUUACCAUCCAGUGAUGAGAGCUCAGUAAUUCUUCAUCAAAAGGAUGAAGAUCAAAUGACUGCCUUAAAUGUUCUCUGUGAAAAUGAAUGUGAAAAUGUGUAUGAGGAAGACAGUGAGGAAUUCUGUGAAUUCAAAAUCAAAACUGAGGCACAAUUCUACAAAGGAGAUAAAGUAAAAUGGUGGAAUUUCUAUUUCUCAGAAAAACCCACUGCAAAACCAUUCAUAAAAAGGGACAAAUUUGACCAGCUGACACAUCUGAUCAGGUCUCAAACCAAGAAUCCAACAAGCACAUGUGUUAUGGUAAAUCUUUUCCAUCAUCCGGGUUGUGGUGGUACAACUCUGGCUAUGCACGUCAUGUGGAGUCUGAGAAAAGAAUUUAGAUGUGCUGUGUUGAAAGACAACACUGCCUCAAAUGAAGAAGUGGCACAACAAGUUGCACAUCUGCUGAAAUGUGGUAAAAAUGAAAAAUCUUUUCAAACACCAGUGCUCUUGUUGGUGGAGGACUCGGUGGAAACAGAGAAUAGUCAAGAAUUACAGAAAUGUGUAAGAAAAACGGUGGAUGAAGUGUCCUCUAGUGCAUUAGUUGUCAUUCUGAACUGCCUGCGCACAAAUAAUCCAAAAGACAUGUACAAAGAUAGUAUGAUCGAAAGUCAGUAUCUCACAACAAAUCUUUCAAAGACAGAGCAAGAUGCUUUUGUGGCAAAGCUCGAAGAACUAAAUGAAACUCAUGAAAAACCUGAGAAUUUCUACAGUUUCAUGAUCUUGAAAUCAAACUUCAGCCAAGAUUAUGUGACAAAUUUAGUAUCUAAUACCCUGAAAGGCUUUGACCUAGAACAUAAACAUGCACAGCUGCUGUCCUUUCUUGCAUUACUGAACUCUUAUGUGGCUGAUUCCAACAUAUCUGAAUCUCUGUGUGAUAUGUUUUUAAACCAUGAGUUUUCGUAUUGGGGAAAAAUGUCUGUUCUAGAGGGAAUGGAGCCUUAUUCGUCACUGCUCAUUCAGCGAAAGGUUUCAGAACUUGGGAACUACACAGCUGUUCGUGUUCUUCAUGUACGUAUUGCUACAGCCUGUCUUGAUGAACUGGAGAGGAGGUACAACUCUCCAAGGUCUGAGGUUACCCUCAACUUGUUGCAUUGUGAUUUGUUUUUCAAAAGAGGCAUGGGAAAAAUGCUCUUUUGCAGUCUAUCAAAAGAAUGCUAAUUACACGACAACGCAAGACAGAAGGAGAUGAACGAGACACGCUAUUUUCACCUCUAGUUGUGUACAUUAAGGAUGAGGAAAGCAAUGACAG